AAACCCAAUACAUGAGGAAGAAGGGCAUUCAUGUAUGCAAUUUUCCAGCUUCCAAAUAGGCAGAAUCUGAGGCCAUGUUGUGGCCUCGGAGAAGUAAUUAUUUUAAAACAAUGUGCCAACUUACAGGCAAAAUCUAUCCAAGAAAUGUUUGCCAAAACUUAAGCAGCCAUGGCCUUUAUAUUCGACAAGUAUGCAGGAAACAUCAAUGCCCUCUGCAAACAGGGAAGAUUGAAGGAAGCACUUGCUAUUUUGCACUACAUGCUCCACCAAUGUGUUCCGGUGGACUCUAAAACCUACUGUUUUCUCUUGCAGGGCUGUUCCAAAUUGGCUACUCUAUCACAUGGAAAACAUCUACAUUCACAUAUACUCAAACUUGGAUUCCAGCAUGACAUUUUUGUCGGAAAUAAUCUGGUCCAUCUGUAUUCCAAAUGUGGGUAUAUGGCGGAUGCUCGCAAAGUGUUUGACAGCAUUCCUCAACGAAACGUUGUAUCAUGGACUGCAAUUAUUGCUGGUUAUACCCACAAGGGAAAUGCUAAAGAAGCCAUCAAACUGUUUGAUAAAAUGGACAAAGAAGGAGUGAAGCCAAAUCAGUUCACUCUGGCUACCAUUAUCAAGGCAUGUGGUAGUGUGGAAGCUUUCGAACAGGCUAAGGGUAUUCAUCAUCACGUCAUAGAAAGUGGGUUUGAAUCAGACACUGUUGUGCAGACCGCCCUUUUGCUUAUGUACGUUAAAUACGGAAGGAUAGAGAAUGCACGCCAUGUGUUUGACAGAAUGUCUGAAAGAGGCACUGCGUUAUGGAAUGCAAUGAUCACAGCUAACGCUCAGAGUGGCUCUCUCAAAGAAGCUCUUGCACUGUUUCAUGGAAUGCCAGAGCCAGAUGUGAUUUCCUGGACUGCAAUUAUAGCAGGGCAUGCACAGAAUGGUUAUGGCGAAGAAUCGUUGAAUUUAUUUAAGGAAAUGCAAAAGACAAACCUGAAGCCAGAUGGUUUUAUAAUGGCUAGUGUUCUCAGUGUAUGUGCUAACAUAGCAGCACUUGAAUCGGGUAAGCAGUUCCAUGCCCAUAUUAUUGUAAGUGGAUUUGAGAAUGAUGUUGUUGUGUGUAGUGCACUUGUUGGUAUGUAUGCCAAAUCUGGUAUUGUAGAGGAUGCGUAUCAUAUGUUUGACAAGAUGCAUCAACGGAAUGUGGUCUCCUGGAAUUCAAUAAUAUUAGGUUGUGCCCAGCAUGGAAAGGGAAAGGAGGCUCUGCAACUGUUUGAACAAAUGGUGCAGGGUGGCAUUGAACCAAAUGAGGUUAGCUUUGUUGGUGUGCUCUCUGCAUGCAGCCAUGCUGGCCUGGUUGAUGAAGGUCGCUGCUACUUUCAUUCUAUGGUUCAUGAUCAUGGCAUCGAUCCAGAUGUAUCACACUACACUUGUAUGAUUGAUCUUCUGGGGCGUGCUGGGCAUCUAGAUGAGGCAGAGAAGCUUAUAAACGGAAUGGUUAUUGAACCCGAUGCCUAUGUUUGGGGAGCCUUUCUUGGAGCAUGUCGAAUCCAUAACAAUAUGGAGCUAGCAAUUAAUGCGGCAGAGCAUCUCCUUGACAUGGAAGUAAACGAUGCAGGAAUUUACGUCUUAAUAGCAAAUAUAUAUGCUGCUGCGGGUAGGUGGGAUGAUGUAGCCAAAGUGAGAAAACUGAUGAAAAAUAGAGGUGUGAGGAAGCCACCUGGUUGCAGCUGGAUUGAAGUUAAAGAUAGGAUGCAUUCAUUUGUUGUGGGAGAAGAUUCACAUCCACAAAUGGAGGAAAUUUAUGCAUUAUUAAGAAGAUUGUCCAGACAAAUGAGCGCUGCUGGGUAUGUGCCUGACAAAAAAUUUGUUCUACAUGAUGUGGAGGAUGAGCAGAAGGAACUUUCUCUUUCUCACCACAGUGAGAAGUUAGCAAUUGCUUUUGGAAUCCUUAAUACAACCCCUGGAGCAACCAUUCGAGUAGUGAAGAACCUUCGAGUUUGUGGUGAUUGCCACACUGCAAUCAAGUUUAUAUCUGAGAUUGUUAAGCGAAAAAUUGUUGUAAGGGAUGCUAACCGUUUUCAUCAUUUCGACGGUGGUCAAUGUUCUUGUGGCGAUUACUGGUGAUGCAAUGGAAAACAAGUGACAAGAAUUGAAUUAAUUUGAAACCGGUUCAAAUUGGUAUAGGAGAAUUGUUUUGCAUGCUAUUCAAAGUCUGUUUCUCCAAGAUCUAGGACCCUGUCAAAACUUCUUAUGCGUUAUUCAGAUCAUAUUCUUCAAUUCUAAGAACAUGGAACCCGCGUUUGGAUUCUUUCUUAAAGAAGCAAAAAUAAAGAUGCAUCGGUGAAUCCUUGCACCUUGAUCUGUUUGAUAGUACCAGCCAAAUUGGUACUUGUGGGAAAAUUAAACAGUUAGGAGACAGUUUCACCUGCAUCUUUAUUGUGUUCUAUUCAGGGUAAUCUUCCCCUUUUUAAACUCAGGAGAGCGGUCAAAUGGAUUGGAAAGAGCGGUAAAACAUGGAACAGGGUAUAGAAUGCUUCUGUCACCAAGGGUUUCAAAUUGAGGACAUAAAGUUUACCACCAUUAAAAAGCACUGGCAUGGUAUAGCAUGAUAUCUCUGUGAAGAAUUCUGCAAAGGCUGUGCCUGCAGCACGUACAACGUACAAGCCUGACAGAGCCUUAUAUGCAUAAGCUGCAUCCAUGACAAUUUCUUUUACACAAUAAAAGAGCCAGUGUUUCUGUGCCAAACAUUACAGGAUUAGGAACAGGGCAACACUUCCGCACUUUGUGGAUGCUUCCAUACUUUGUCGACACUUCCAAAGGGCAGGUAAGAGACAAGCAGGAUAAACAAUAUCAAGCAACAUUGAGAGCAGACCAGGUUUUUCUGUAUUUAUUCUGGUACAGUAUCUUCAUUUCACCAUUAGAGCUUGUUACAUCUUUGAGAAGAUAUUGGUAUCUCGCUGAUUUUUGAGUCUCCUUUGUUAUUGGCAGUUGUUAUUUGGGAAACCAUUCCACACAUAAUAAUAUGCCACUUGUUUAAGUCUUUUUAUCAUCUUAUUGUCUAUCCAGCAGCUCUGAUCAUAUUGAUUAAUUAAUUGAAAAUUUGACUAUAACAAUCAAUUGUAAAUAUGGUCAAACGUCUAUUCCGAGUGCUGGAUAGACAUUGCCGUUGUUUGAGGCUUUUGCAAGCAAAGACAUUGUAGUGGUCUUGUUAUUUCUCAGAAGUCUAAAUUUUUGGGCUUUUAGGCUUUUGAGGUAGCCUUGUAAUAACUAUAAAUUAGGAUUUUUUUUAAUAUUGUUAAUCCUUUACAAAUAAUUUGUUCA